UCGAAGUGUUUAGCUGAGAAGAGAGCAACAGGGAAAAGCAGUAAGGAGGUGAGGAGACGCAGCUUUCUGAGUUUGUUUUGAAUAAUAUUAACAUCUUAGUACACGGAGACAAGAAAAAUGACGCGCCAAUGUGUAUGUGAACUCUGUAACUGUGGGCGCCACCGAUGCCCACAUCAGCCAACAGGGCUAUUUGAGCAAAGCGAGCAGCCCCGCAGUGUGACUGAAUAUGCUGAGAAGUAUCCCGAGUAUGAGGGUGUCCACCCUCCACAAAGCAUGAAACCCAAACAAGAGUACAAAGCAGGUCGGGAUCUCAUGGACGGAACCACCACUUUCAAGUCUGAUUACAUUCCGUUUGAAGUGACACGUCGUCCUGGCCGCGUGCAACAGGAGUAUAAGCCGGGUUCUGGUCACAUUGAUCUUGGGACUACCUACAAACUGGACUACAACCCUUACAAGGUGCAAGCGUUUGUAGCUGCCAGGCCAAAAGAAAAGUUGCAUGCAACUGGAGCAAAACUGGACACUAUGCCAACUUACAAAGAUGAUUUCAGAGCAUGGGAAUUCUCGAAGCGGGAACUAACCAAACCAGAACCAUCCUACCGUCCUUCCUCGUCAAAGUUUGCGAAUCUUACUACAUUCCAAAAUGAUUUUGCUCCCAAAGGCCUUGUUCCCAGAGAAAGUUUUAAACCACCUAAUAUGGCCAGGCUCUCUGAUGCCCCCUUUGACAGCCUCACAAGUCAUCGCAUUUCCUACAUCCCUCAUCAGCUCGGGGUGAAGUAUGUCAAACCCAAGGAAGACUACAAACCAAGUGAUCAACCUUUUGAAGAUCUCACAAUCCAUCGGCGUGAUUUUCAGGGACUGCCCGGGGAGCUCUCCAAGAGUUGCAAACCUGAUUUCUCAAAGGUUGCCUCAGAUGCCCGCUUCGAUGGUAGCACUGAGUUCCGUGAUCGCUUUCAGCAAUGGCCUGUCACCUUGCCUAAGGUCCAUAAGUUACCUGAAUACGUCACUCCAGAAGGUCACAUGGAUUUGAGCACUACGUCCAAUAUGGAUUACGUUGGGCAUAAAGUUCAACCAUUUAUUCCAAAAAGGCCAAUCUCUCGUGGAAGGAGAAGUAGUGUACCGUUCCAGGGAAACACCACCAUGAAAGAAGACUUCAGGAAAUGGGAAAUACGUAAACCAGAGAUGAUCAAGAACAAGGAAGAAAUGGGAACACCGACUGGAAAGUUCGAUGGCUUGUCAACCUUUCAAGCUCAUUAUAUCCCUCAUCAGUUAAAUCCAGUACAGAGCUUCAAGCCGCAAAAUGCUGCCAUGAGAAACUUGGCUCCAUUUUAUGAUGGUACUAUGUAUCGCACAGAAUAUACUUCGAAGAAACCAGAUUUAUGUCCAGCAAGUUUUCAGGACCCACCAGGAUAUGUUUUUGAUGAUGUUGACCACCGUGGGCACAAGUACUUCCACAAGAUGUUAACACCAUUGGGUAGCAAAUCCAUUUUGACAAAUGGAAUACCUGUUCUCAGCGAGGUGGCUGUGAUGUCAUAAACCUUAAAUGUCUAAGAAAUGUUUACCAAUCAAUAACCUUGUGCAGCACUUUUUGGUCUACUCUGAAUCAGUUUCUAAGCACCUUAUCAAUAUAUACAGAGGUGCUGUAUUUAAAAAAAAAAAAAAAAA